ACGCAGCCAGUCCGCGUUGCGUUAUGGCCCAUCACCGCGAUCCUUGCAUUUCGCGCGGCGGCAUCGCUAGACAUGUGCAUGGAGCAACCGAAACUCGUCUUUUUGAAUAUCGACCUGCAGCACGCACCUUUGAAUGGACAGACGGAACCCUUUAUUCGUGUGGCUCGCCGAUCGUCAACCGACGUGCCAAAGCGAAAUCUUGUGCUCGACGCAAUUGAAAUGGUAUGCAACUCUCGAGGCUGUGGGUGGGACUGGUCGCAGGGACUGUACAUCCCGCCUGAGACACAUCCUACAUCGUCAGGAUUGGCCUUUGUUACAUCCGCCCUAGUUUCUGGUCUAAAGCACUCAUUUCUUUGUGGCGCAAUUCACUCUGCCAUGAAGUCUUUCUCUCCAGAUACAUUUGGAUCUGCUGAUGGUGGUACCAUCUUCGACGACUCACUUUCCCCACACCUCCUGCCAUUUGGAAUGAUGGGCACUGGGAUGGUCAUUGAGCGUGCUGUUAGACAGGUGACUGGAUGGGAUGG